AUGAGAGCACUCCAGCAAUGGUCAAGCUAUGGUCCCGAAGACCUCGCGUACUCUGACGACGUCGAAUGUCAAGCAGAGGCAAUGCGAGAGGAAGACGAAAGGGACAGAAAGAAGGUCGAAAAAGCAGAGGAAGAUGACUCUGACUACUUUGAAAGCAGCCAGGCCACCGAAUACGACUAUAGCUCUUCACAAACAUCGGGUUCUUCCCAUGGCACCUUGACCCAGGAAUCCUCCUGCAACUGGGACGAUGGAACAGCAUACAGUUCCAGCCAAGACCACAUCCCAGACAAUGGGAGGAAGCAGCUUAACCCUUGGAGCGCGAGCGUGGCGGACGAAGAAUACGUCGAUGACCUCCUAGAGGACACCGACGACGAUGACGACGAAUGA